AUGGAACGUUCCCGAGUGCAGCUGGCCUCCGAUGGGGCGAAAGAUUUGUUUCUGGAGUACUGCAGCAACAGUUCGGUGCAUGGAGUGCGCUACUUUGGCUGUCGGGAGCGUUCGGUGUGCGAAAAGUUCUGGUGGGUUGUGGUGUUUGUCCUGUCGGUGGGAAGUUGUGCGAUGUUGAUUCACAAAACCUACCAGAAGUGGGAUCAGACUCCGGUGAUUGUUAGUUUCAACGAGAAAUCCACACCGGUGUGGCAGAUUCCGUUUCCGGCGGUGACGAUCUGUCCACAGACCAAGGUUAAAAGUGGAAUGCUUAACUUUUCCCAGGACUUCAACGACUUUACCAACAUGGACCCUGAAGAGCAGGAGAAUUUCAACAGGACGGACAACCUGCUGGCUAUGAUGCAGCUCUGCGAGCGAACCACAUUUUACUACAUGGUUCUUCUCAGCGAGGUAGACAGCCUUCCGAAUAAAAUCAGCAAUCUAAGCUACGCCAGUCUUGUCCGCAACAUGUCGCUACCAAUGUACGAAAUGAUGGAAUAUUGCGUCAUUCGCAGCGAAGUGAAAUUUUGUCGUGACAUCUUCACUCACACCAUGACAGAAGAGGGAAUCUGCACCAGUUUCAACCUUCUAUCUGCUGAAGAACUACUGCGCACCGAAUCCAUUCAAUCGACAGAUCCUUACCUGUCUGGCACACAUAAAGCUUCUCAUUGGACUCUCGAAAAGGGAUACUCCUCGGAAGCGUCUCUCAAUUCGUAUCCUUAUCGAACCCUUGGACCUGGCUACUCAGCUGGCAUUUCGCUGUUGCUACUCUCCAACAACGAAGACAUGGACUAUCUCUGCCGUGGACCGGUCCAAGCAUUCAAAGCCCUGCUACAUUCACCAGCCGAUUAUCCACAAGUUUCGCAGAAAUUCGUCCACGUUCCCAUGGAUCAGGAAGUGAACAUCGCAGUGAAACCACAGAUGGUCACUACAACCUCGGGCCUACGCAGUUACACUUCAGACCGGCGUCAGUGCUUCUUCAACAGCGAGCGAUACCUACAGUUCUUCCAAGUCUACACCCAGGACAACUGCGAGCUGGAGUGUCUGACCAACUACACCUUGCAGCGCUGUGGGUGCGUGAAGUUUUCCAUGCUCCGAUCGAAUGAGACCAAGGUUUGCGAAACCAACCGGAUGAAAUGCCUGGUGGAAGCUGAGAAUGAACUGCUGGAGAUGGACGUUGUCAAGCACCACGAUCAGAGGGAACAUUUUCGCGCGGAGUGCAACUGCCUGCCAGCGUGUACCUCGAUGCAAUACGAUGCCGAGAUCACGCAAACCGAUUUCGAUUGGCUUAAGUGGAUUCAAGCCCUCAAGGUGCCGUUGGAGAAUACGACUGGAUUGCACGUGGCACGUCUGGGGAUCUACUUCAAGGAAGCUCAGUUUAUGACAUCGAAACGGAGCGAGUUGUACGGAUUGACGGAUUUUCUGGCCAAUUGUGGUGGUCUUUUGGGUCUGUGCAUGGGUGUCAGUUUGUUAAGUUUGGUAGAGUUGUGCUAUUUUUGCACGGUGAGACCAUUUUCGCUGUGGAGAAAGCAGAAGCAGAUGUCAAUGGAUGCGAAGAACCUUAAGUACGACGAUGUGCCGGGAAUAAGUCUACUUUCGAUGACUGUUAAACGAGAUUAGCCGGGAGAUAGUGAUAUUAGGGUGGAAUUAUGGCUUUGGAUUGACAAUAUUGUCUGUGUUGAAAACGGACUGCUCAAAACUUAGCCACUACUGCUAAAGGUAUGAGUGAAGAUAGAAUAAUAUAAAAAGAUUUUUUUUAACAUGACCGGAAGAUUAAAGAUUAC